GUCAGAUGGAGGGGCGCCCAGGGACCGUGCGCUCGCUCGCCUCGCUUUUGUUCCAGGCAUCUGACUUCUGACGGUAGAGUGGACUUGGGGGUGCCGGCUGCGCCCUUUCGGGUCUCCGGGGUCGAACUUUGCCUGGGACUUCGAGGCGCAGGGGCCCAGGAGGCACCCCAGCCCGGCCCCGCCGCGGGAGAGGGGUCAGCGCCCGCCGCGGCCGACCUCGCCUGGCCAGGGCCGAGCUCUCCGCGGGCGCCCGGGCGGCCAUGCGGCUGCGCUCCCUGACCUCGGGGCCGCCUGGAGGGUGCGCGCGUGGGGCCCGGGCGCGCCGGCACCCGCGCCAGCCAGAAGAAUUAACGAGUCUGCACAGUUUUAAGAACAAAGCCUUUAAGAAACCCAAGGUCUGUGGGGUUUGCAAGCAGAUUAUUGACAGCCAAGGGAUUUCAUGCCGAGCCUGCAGGUGCUGCUGCCACAAGCCAUGUGAACCUCAGGUGGUGAGUCGCCGCUGUGUGCAGGUGUACCUGGGACAGGCUCCGGGGGGUUCUGCACCGUCCACUGCUCUCUGCCGUGCCAGACCACCCAGGCCCGCGGUGCUGAGCCCCACCAUGGAAGACGGGCGCGAGCUGGACCUCACCUACAUCACUGAGCGCAUCAUCGCGGUGUCCUUCCCCACCGGCUGCUCCGAAGAGUCCUACCUGCACAACCUGCAGGAGGUGACGCGGAUGCUGAGGUCCAAACACGGGGACAACUACCUGGUGUUAAACCUUUCCGAAAAGAGAUAUGACCUUACGAAGCUUAACCCAAAGAUCCUGGAUGUGGGCUGGCCGGAACUGCAUGCACCGCCCCUGGACCAGGUGUGCACCAUCUGCAAGGCGCAGGAGUCCUGGCUGAACAGCGACCCCCAGCACGUGGUGGUCAUCCACUGCAGGGGCGGAAAGGGACGCAUUGGCGUGGUCAUAUCAUCCUACAUGCACUUCACCAAUGUCUCGGCCAGUGCCGACCAGGCCCUCGACAGGUUUGCGAUGAAGAAGUUCUAUGAUGAUAAGGUUUCAGCUUUAAUGCAGCCUUCCCAGAAACGGUACGUGCAGUUUCUCAGCGGGCUCCUCUCGGGGUCGGUGAAGAUGAACGCCUCGCCACUGUUCCUGCAUUUUGUCAUCCUGCACGGCACUCCCAACUUCGACGCGGGCGGAGUGUGCCGGCCCUUUCUGAAGCUCUACCAAGCCAUGCAGCCCGUGUACACGUCUGGGAUCUACAACGUUGGCCCGGAAACCCAGAGCAGGAUCUACAUCGCCAUCGAGCCUGCCCAGCUGCUGAAAGGGGACAUCAUGGUCAAGUGCUAUCACAAGAAGUACCGCUCGGCCACCCGCGAUGUGAUUUUCCGCCUGCAGUUUCACACGGGGGCCGUUCAGGGCUACGGACUCAUGUUCGGGAAGGAGGAUCUGGACAACGCGAGCCAAGAUGACCGUUUUCCUGAUAACGGCAAGAUUGAGUUGCUUUUCUCCGCCACUCCCGAGAAGAUUCAAGGGUGUGAACACUUGCGCAAUGACCACGGCGUGAUCGUGGACUUCAACACCGCAGACCCUCUCAUCCGCUGGGACUCGUACGAGAGCCUGAGUGCCGGUGGAGAAGUGCUGCACAUGCAGGGCCCCGUCGAUGGCAGUCUUUAUGCCAAGGUGAGGAAGAAGAGCGCCUCGGAUCCCGGCGUCCCCGGAGGGCCCCCUGCUGUCCCCGCCGCCGGCAGCCCAGACCACGGCGACCACACCCUGUCGGUCAGCAGCGACUCCGGCCACUCCACCGCCUCUGUCAGGACCGACAGGACCGAGGAGCACCUUGCCGUGGGGUCGAGGCGGGGCCUGAGCCCCCAGGAGAAGGCCGAGCUGGACCAGCUGCUCAGCGGCUUUGGCCUGGAAGAUUCUGGAAGCCCCAUCAAGGAUAUGACCGAUGCUCCCAGCAAGUACAGCGGGACACGCCACGUCGUACCUGCUCAGGUGCACGUGAACGGGGACGCCACGCUCAAGGACCGGGAGACGGACAUCCUGGACGACGAGAUGCCCGGCCAUGACCUGCACAGUGUGGACAGCAUCGGAACCCUGUCCUCCUCGGAGGGCCACCAGUCGGCCCACCUGGGCCCCUUCACCUGCCACCAGAGCAGCCAGAACUCCCUCCUGUCGGACGGGUUUGGCAGCAACCCCAGCGAAGAUGCCCACGGCAGCCUCGCCCCUGACCUGAGCCUCGGCGUGGACCCCCCCCUGUACGAGCGGGAGCGGGCGUUCGGGAUCCGAGACUCCAAGCAUCUGCAGCCGGCGCUCCGGAGGCCCUCUGUGUCCGCCCAGACGCAGGCCUACGGACAGAGCGGCUACUCCACGCAGACCUGGGUGCACCAGCAGCAGAUGGUGGCCGCCCACCAGUAUAGCUUCGCUCCCGAUGCCGAGGCCAGGCUCGCCGGCCGCGGCCCGGAGGACGGCUCCGGCCUGGUGCAGGCCCAGCCCAGGGUUCCGGUCACCCCCACCCGGGGGGCGGGCGGCAGAGUGGCCCUCCAGAGGGGCAUGGGCCCCACGCCCCAUGUCCCCGAUGCGCAGCGGCCCCCUCCCGGCAAAGCGUUCAAGCCCAGAUUUCCAGACGUCAGAGUCGUGAACGGGACCGGACCGGAGCCGAGCGCGGACCCCUCCCCAGGCUCACCCACCCUGGACAUCGACCAGUCCAUUGAGCAGCUCAACAGGCUCAUCUUGGAGCUGGACCCUACUUUUGAGCCCAUCCCCACCCACAUGAACACGCCGGGCAGCCAGGCCAACGGCCCCAUGCCCCCCGACAGCGUGGGCAGCAGGCUGCGGGCGAGCGGCCUGCAGGACGCGGGAGAGGGCCCGGGCAGGGCCUCCGUGCGGCAAGCAGCUGCAGCCCACGCGUUUCUCCCGUCAGGCUCCUCGGGGGACGAGCCGCUGGGUGGAAGGUUCCGGAAGCUGAGCCUCGGGCAGUAUGACAACGAUGCUGGGGGGCAGCCGGCCUUCUCCAAAUGUGGAUGGGGAAAGACCCCCGGUGCGGACCAGGCCACAGGUCUGGCGCCUUUCCUGUCUCCAGCAGACGCCAAGGAGACGGUGGCCGCCGCGUACCCCCCAGACCCCAACGGGAUCAGCAGCAGGACCUUCACUCCAACCAAGGGUGGCUCUGACUCGGCCUCUCCCACGCCGGCGUUUCCCGUGUCUCCAGAAACACCGUAUGUGACGACACCCCCACAUUAUCCGCCGUUCGCCCCACCUGGGCUGCAGGGGGGCAGCGCCGGCGGUCUGUACAGAGGAGCUCACGAUACUCGAGGCUGCGCUGAGAUCCUGCAUCGCACGGUGGGGAUGUCCGAGAGCCCCGUGGGGCCCAAACCCGCGACGCUCCGGACCGACAUGCUGGCGGCACCUGCCUUUCAGCGGGCGUUCACGUCCUCCUGCACCAUCUCCAGCAGCAGCCCCGGCCAGCAGCGGGACAGCCCUUCGUCUGCCGAGCUCCCGUGGGUGGAGAGCAGCCCCAAAGCCACGCUGGCUCUGCUGGGGAGCAGCCGGCCGGCAGGAAGCCUCCUUGGCUCCGGAGAGUUUCCCAGCCCCAGCCCCGACGGCCCCGGGCGGCCCCACCUCCCGCCCACGGAGCUCCAGGCCUCUUUCCACAACCACGAGCUGUCCCUGGUGGAGCCCCCUGAAGCUCUGGGCCCCCCGAGUGGCCAGGCUUUCCUGAGUUUCGGCACGGCCCCCGUGGGAAGCGGCCUUCCCCCCGGGGAGGACCCGGGCGCCUUGCUGGCUCAUUCCCACGGAGCACCCCAGGCCCCUGGCACCCCGCGGACAACAGCAGUGGCCGACAACGGCUUCCUGUCCCACGGCUUUCUCAUGACGCCUGGCCAUGGCAGCCACCACAGCCCGGUCCUGCCGGGCCAGGGCCUGACCCUGCCCGGGCAGCCGCCCCUUCCUGAGAAGAAGCGAGCCUCAGAGGGGGACCGGUCUUUGGGUUCGGCCUCCCCGUCCUCGAGCGGCUUCUCCAGCCCGCACAGCGGGAGCACCAUGAGCAUCCCGUUCCCAAACGUCCUCCCGGACUUCCCCAAGCCUUUGGAGGCUGCAGCGCCCUCCCCAGAUAAUCCGGGUGAUAAGCAUGUGUCUGUGAACUUUGUCCAAGACACAUCCAAAUUCUGGUACAAGGCGGAUAUCUCCAGAGAGCAAGCCAUCGCCAUGCUGAAGGACAAGGAGCCUGGCUCAUUCAUUGUCAGGGAUAGUCACUCCUUCCGAGGGGCCUACGGCCUGGCCAUGAAGGUGGCCACUCCUCCCCCUUCCGUCCUGCAACUCAACAAGAAAGCGGGAGAUCUGGCCAAUGAACUCGUUCGGCACUUUUUGAUCGAGUGUACCCCGAAGGGAGUGCGAUUGAAGGGGUGCCCCAACGAACCCUAUUUCGGGAGCCUCACGGCUUUGGUGUGUCAGCAUUCCAUCACGCCCUUGGCUUUGCCCUGCAAGCUGCUCAUUCCAGACAGAGAUCCGUUGGAGGAGAUAGCCGACAGCUCUCCCCAGACGGCAGCCAACUCGGCCGCAGAGCUGCUGAAGCAAGGGGCAGCCUGCAACGUGUGGUACCUGAACUCCGUGGAGAUGGAGUCGCUCACGGGCCCCCAGGCCGUCCAGAAGGCCCUGAGCCUCACCCUCGUGCAGGAGCCGUCUCCCCUGUGUACGGUCGUGCACUUCAAGGUGUCGGCCCAGGGCAUCACCCUGACGGACAACCAGAGGAAGCUCUUCUUCCGGAGACAUUACCCCGUGAGCAGCGUGAUCUUCUGCGCAUUGGAUCCACAGGACCGGAAGUGGAUCACGGAUGGCCCCUGCUCGAGAGUCUUCGGGUUUGUGGCCCGGAAACAGGGCAGCGCCACGGACAAUGUGUGCCACUUAUUCGCGGAGCAUGACCCCGAGCAGCCUGCAAGUGCCAUCGUCAACUUCGUGUCAAAGGUCAUGAUCGGGUCCCCUAAGAAGAUCUGAGCCCCUCCCAGCCAGAGACCCGAGCGGGGCUGGGGCGUCCCCCGCGAAGCAACUGGCCAGCCUGACGUUCCAGCCCCAGGAGGGCGAGGGGCUCCUCCUCCGGCUUCAUGGACAGGAGGACAGAUGGCCCCCCUUUCUGCUGUCCUUUCCUGAAAGACUGCUCACUGACACGUCUCUGUGGCCAAGCGCUUCCCGGGUGGAGGAAAUUGGGCUCCACGCUGGCAGGGGCCCCCAUGUUCCUUGCACGCCGGCGUUUGUGGGAAGGAGGGCGCCCGGCCCCUGCACGUGGCCCCUGGGUGGCCGGUGGUGCCAUCAGCCUCACGGAGGGCCCCUGUCCACCCAGCACCCGGGGGGAGGCCUCUCUCCUCCACGACAGACACGCUAGCUCACCGAGAAGGGGAUGCAUGUUUGCUGAAGGUUCGUGCCAGUCAGGCCCUUCCGGAACUCUGGGGGCAUGAGCGAGGGGGUGACGUGAUGGCUGUGAGGACCAGGAAGGCCACCCAGUCCCAGGGGAGGGGCACCGUGAGCCCCGGCCGGGCGGGCAGGUGGCAGCUCCGGCUCCAAACGGCAUGUUGUCCGUGAGAGCAGAGGGAACAUGGACGCGACAUGUCUUUUCAUAUAAUUUAUAUUCUACUUAUGCCAAAUUAUUUAUGAUAAAUUGCUGGGCAGGACGGGGUCCCACUUCUGGGGGCUGCCAAGCCGAACCCAUGCCCACGAUCAAGGGCCGCGUCCCCAGCAGGCCGGCCACAGCAGCCUUGACCACCCCAGUACCACCCCAGUCCUUGCCAUGGACGGUUCGGGUCCAGGCGGCGGCGGGUGACGUCCUUUCUGGGGAGGAAGUUUCCGGAGGGUGGGUCACCUUUGGGUGGAGACUCGGCCCUGCUCUCCACUUCUCGGCCCUCUGUGAGCCGUUGGCCCCUUGUCCCCGCCUCUAUGUGUUUCUGGCCUCCUGAGCAGAGGAGGAAGGGGAGGAAGAUGAUGAAUCUCAGUCCUUCAAGGCUGUUCUUGAGCUGAGGGCCACUCCUCUGCAUCUCCUGGGCGACCGAAUCAGGGGUGCUGGUCACGCCAAGGCUCCUGUGUGUCCCCCAGGGUGGGAGUUGGGGCUGACAACGGCGGACGGGAGGCUCGGUCUCCUCCCACACAGCCGGGGUGCCCCAUGGCUCUGGGGCCCGGGGAGCUGCCCGACUUUCCAAAAUCAAGAUCAGCUCUUCGGGCCCCCCGCGAGUCACCAGCGGGCACCACACCAGGGGUGGAAACGUGGUUGUGAGUUCUCUGUGUGAAGCGGGUCAGACGGACGUGCCGACUGGCAGAGCUGGAAGCGAGACGCAGGGGGGUGUCGUACGUGUGUGAAAGCAGGUGGACGGGUCCACUGCAGCUCCUGUCGAUGCACCAAACAUAAGUGCCUCAUUUCUGUGCCAAAUGUCUGCCUUGGUCUUCGCGGACCUUCUUCCCCGACAGGUGUUGGUGUGGAAUGCACUGGUAUCUCCCGGGGGCCCCGGGGUCUGGUCCUCGGCAGGGGCGGCUGGCAUGUUGGGAUUCCAUUCGUGGCAGAAAUUCAGCCAAGGGGACCCGAGGUGCCGUCCCCAAGGGGCACCUCAUCCCAAGGUGGCUUCUACCCAUUUUGACCCAAAGACCGCAGGUUGGGUCCCUCAUCCUUCCGACCAAGGACGAGAGGGCUCGUUUACAGACCGGAGAGCGGGUGGGGGUGGGGCCCAGAAGCACAAGCUGGUGGACGAUAUGGGCAUCGGGGCCUCCUGUGCGGUCCCUAUCCAGAGCAUUCAAGAAGACGCACUCCCUGGCCUGUGAGACAGACCGGCCGGCUGUGGCUUUUCCUCACAGUGGCCAGGGCGUCGGGAAGUUUGCUCCCUCUGCGGAGCCUAGGGACGCCGAUUCCCUGGUUCCUGACGAGCUGGUACGACAGGUUUCUUCCUGUGUUACACGUGCAUCACACAGAACGAGAGGAAUCCACGAACUGGGGGCUCAGAGCGCGGCAAGCCGCACCCCCACCCCCACGCAGGCUCGGGGACACUCCGCGCGAUCCCUGGCACGGGGGUCCCGUCCCGGGGAGGUCGAGGGUCCCCACCGCGUCACAGCCAGGGUCCUAUUAACCUGCUCAUUAACCGGACGCUGUGUUCCUCCAGUGUUAAUCUAUACCCGCGGCGAGUCACACCGAAUUUAAGGGUCGCCGUGUGCAUCCUCGGUGUCCAAGACCUCGUGUCUCCUUAGCUGCCUUGCUUAUUAGUGGGUAUUUUUACUUUUCUUAUAUUGUAAAGAAUAUAUCCAGUUAUGUAAAUGAAUGUUCUAUAAACCCUUUGUAUAGUCAUUUUCUCUGCUUUUCAGAUAUCCUCUCUAUUCAGAGUAUAAUAAAAUUAUACACGCGGGAAAGCCUCGGCGAGGCAGACAUUAGUUGUGUCGGCUGGAAGCGCCCAGAGGGCGUGUACGUCUGUGUGUCCGUGUGUGCACUUGGGUCACGCACGUGUUUCACUGGGAGUUUGAAGUGGAUUUUUUAUGGAGCGUUGGAUUCGGUUAUAAAUUCACAUAUGUUUGGCCUUUGGGAAUAUAUUUUAAGAUUUCCGCCCAGAGACCUUCGAAAAAUUAUAUUCAGAGAGAAUAAGAAUUUAAUUGCCGUGCUGUUACUCCUAGGACCUGGUCUGUGUUGAUGUUCAGCCCCCGAGGGGACCUUCCAGGCGUCUACCGCGUUGGGGCUGAACCCGAAUAUGAAGUUUUGUGGGUUCACCUGUUGCUUCGAGGGAUGCAGGUGUUGCCCACUGCCACCCUCCUGGUGGGGCUCCCCAGCCUCCGGGGGGGCUCCCCCGCCAGGUGGGGGCCCAUCGUGCUGGCUUUUUGCCUUCCUGGAGCUGGGCUCCCUUUGCCUGGCUGAGUUCCUUCCCGACUUAGAUGAUGGGGACACAGGACCCAUGGCCCUCAUGCGCUGUGUGUCCUAAAGCCCUGAGCAGCUGUCAGGGGGCCCCCAGUGGGUGGACGGUCACUGGGCUCAGCAGGCUCUGCCUUCCCCACUGCAGGCUGGGGGUCACAGCGCUCAUAAGGCUAAGGGCUGGGGCAGGACCGUUCCCAUGGCUGAAACGCCGUGACCGCUCUGGCCCCAGCCAGGAGCGUAAGGCCGAGGAGGCACACUUGGGAGAGUCUCGUCCAACAGGACGUUUCCGGGGGGCGGCAGUAGAGUCAGCCCAGAGGAUUUUGGGAGCACCGGCCACCACCAGGCCUUGCCUGGACGGGAGCUUGUCAUGUGCACAUUAACUCCCUGCUCAUCGCUCAGCGGCUACUACUGAUGGAUGUCCUGGUGAUGGGCACCUGGGUCCCACCCACUGGGGACCCAGAUCUAUUGGAGAUGGGCACCUGGAUCCACCCCCUUGGGCCCUGGAUCUAUUAGUGGUGGGCCCUCCGCCUGCCCACUGGGGACCCUGGAUCUUUUGGUGAUGAACGCCUGGGUCUGUCCGCUGGGGACCCAGGAUCUAACGAUGGGUGCCCGGGCCCGGCCCCCUUGGGCUGUGGAUCUUUGGGAGAAGGGUACCUGGGUCCCGCCCACUCAGGGCUCGGGAUCUAUUAGUGAUGGGCAUCAGGGUCCCACCCCCUCCGGCCAUGGAUCUUCUGGAGAACGGUACCCAGGCCCUGGCCACUCGGGACCCCGACCUGUGGAUCUGUUAGUGAUGGGUGCCCAGGUCCUGCCCACUGGGGAUCCAGGAUCUACUGGAGAUGAGCGCCCAGGUCCAUCCACUGGGGACCCUGGGUCUAUUGACUGUUUGUGUCCUGGUCCCGCCCACUGGGGACCUCACGUCCUAUCCUCCAUCGUGGUUCCUUGUUUCCCUAGGGUUAUGUGUGUGGUCACCAGGAUCGUGAGAUGAGCUUCCCCAGGGCCUUGAGUCACAUUUCACAGAGCAGACUCAAAGUGGAAUCAGAGUUUGCAGGUGGACUUGGGGCCCCGGGAACAUGCAGGGGAGGGACACUUCAUGACACGGGGAUUGGCUGUGUCUGGACACGCUUGGGAGGCAAGGCUGUUGAGUUGGUAACAAGUGAAAGAUCCAAGAAUGAAUGGCCUUCAGGUUCCUGAGGAAUCAGAGGCCAGAGCUUAGCAGAGCGAGGACAACCAAAAAACACGACCCAACUGCAUGCUGUUUACAAGCCUGGUCCAGGGCCACAGUAGGGGUGGGGGGUGGGCCCCCAAAGCCCUUUGCUUGUGGGAAGGUGCCCACAAAAGGCGUCUGCCACGAAAAUCCAGCUGGCCCAUGAGGCCUCUUGGACCCCAUGGAUCUGAGACAGUGAGGUUGUGGGGGGACACCAGCAGAAAGCCCUGCCCCCCCCGGGAAACAUGCUGUGUCUCCCACUGUCCGGGGACGCCCCCAGAAAGGCCAGGCCAGGGAAGCUGAGCCACGGCUCCCCCUCUUCUACCCGAGACACCUGUGCCCACACCCGCACCCGGGCAGCCCUACCAGGACCGUGGGAGCUGCAGCACCAGGUAAACCGCAGGGACCAAAUUCUGGUGGCAUCACUGUGAUUGAACUCUUCCACACGGGCACAGCGCCCGGUGGCUGGUUCUCCAGCCCAAGCAGGGACACCGUCCGCUGACACAUCAGAUGCAAGUGGGACGCAGAGCCUCCUGGCGUGAUAGCCAGAAGGUCCCGGAUGCGAUGGAAAAUCCCAUGUGCAAAGAACCGGGUCAUUCGCAACAUGAGUGAGAAAGGACAGUCGUCUGCCGCCAACAUCAGGGUGAAUCGGAUGCUGGGACGACCUGGCGACAAGGCUUCCAGGAGCACGUGAAAGACUUGUUCAUACAGCAGAAAAGAACCAAAACAAAAUGGGCGCCUGGGUGGCUCAGAUGGUUAAGCGUCUGCCUUCAGCUCAGGUCAUGAUCCCGGGGUCCUGGGAUUGAGCCCCGCAUCGGGCUCCCUGCUCAGCCCCUGCUUCUCCCUCUGCCUCUGUCGCUCCCCCUGCCCGUGCUCUCUCCUUUCUCUCUCAAAUAAAU